AUGUUACAACCAUUGAGAAAGACACUGUCUUUUGCGCGUAUGAUAUGGGAGUUCAUUGAGAGCGAUUUCGUCACCUUUGCGGUACCUAAUUCGGCAUUCGGCAUUUUUGGAGCCUUCGCUUCGACCAAGCUCAUCUGUAAUGACCUUUCAACUAUCCCGUCAGCAUUGGAUAUUCUCAAACGCUUGCCGCUAGUUCUGGCUUUUAAUGUGGGAAAUCUCCUCGUCUUUGAUCUUGCCAACCAAAGAUCACCGCAAUCAGUAGUUGAAGACCGUAUCAACAAGCCAUGGCGGCCGAUUCCACGGGGCAAGAUUACCUGCGAUCAAACUCGACGUCUCAUGCUCGUAGUCGUUCCGAUCACUUUAGCUCUCAACUACUACCUUGGUGCUUGGAACCAAGGCAUUGCCAUCCACAUUUUAACUUGGCUGUACAAUGACCUGGGUGGUGGGGAUGAAGUGUUUGUGCGGGAGUUGAUCAUCGCUAUCGCAUACGGCUUUUUCAACAGCGGAUCUUUGACGAUCGCUGUUGGACCUGAGUGUUCUUUGAGCGCACUUGGAAUCACCUGGACGAUUAUUGUGAGCGGGGUCAUCUUGACAACGAUGCAAGUACAAGAUCUUAAGGAUCAGAAGGGAGACAAGACUCGAAAGCGUAGGACGAUCGCGCUGUUUCUCGGAGAAAAAGUUUCUCGUACAUCUAUAGCGUUCUUUGUAUGCUUUUGGUCUUGCGUGUGCGAGUAUUUCUGGAACAUUGAACCUCUUGCAUAUUCUGUUACUGCUGUGGCUGCAGCUGUUGUAAUUCUGCGUGUACUUUUCAUUCGUUCACCCAAGGGAGACGCCAGAACGUGGAGAUUAUGGUGUCUUUGGCAUGCGUCUCUCUAUACGCUACCAGUACUAACAAGUAAUUUUUGA